AUGAAGUCCUUCGCUACGCUCUCCGUUUUGGGAGCUGCGAUUGCACCCGUCUUUGCUGGAUUUGUGCCUCGUCAGAGCAAUGGAAAGCUCACACCGGUGACGGUUCGCGGAAAUGCUUUCUAUGCGGGCGAUGAACGCUUCUACAUACGAGGAGUCGCUUACCAGCCAGGCGGCGCCUCCGAUGCCAAAGAUCCCCUCCUAGAUCUAGAGAGUUUGCGUCGCGAUGUCAACAACUUUAAAGACCUCGGCAUCAACACCGUCCGCAUCUACACCGUCGACAACUCCCAGAACCAUGAUGAAGGCAUGGCCAUUCUUGAUGAAGCCGGCAUCUACCUCGCCCUCGACGCCAACACGCCCAAUUACUCCCUCAAUCGCGAGUCCAACGCCACCCUCCACCGUUCAUACAACGACGUUUACCUCCAAUCUGUCUUCGCCACCAUCGACCAGUUUGCAGACUACAACAACCUCCUCGUCUUUUUCUCCGGCAACGAAGUCAUCAACGCGGUCAACAACACCAAUGCAGCGCCCUACAUUAAAGCCGUCACUCGCGACAUGAAGCAGUACAUUUCCAACCGACACUCCCGCAAGAUCCCCGUGGGCUAUUCCGCGGCCGACGUCGCAGAGGUCAUCGAGCAGCAGGCACUCUACUUCGACUGCGGUACCGACGACGCGCGCGCGGAUUUCUUUGCUUUCAACGACUACUCCUGGUGCGACAAGGAGAAUGGUCUUCAAACCUUCCAGGGCGCUGGCUGGGACAAGAAAGUCGAGACGUACAAGAACUUCCCCCGUCCCAUCUUCCUGUCGGAGCACGGCUGCAUCGAACCCAACCGCCAAUGGGGCGAGAUCGCCGCGCUGUUCAGCACGAAGAUGACGGGUGUGUAUUCGGGUGGCUUGGCGUAUGAGUACACUGUUGAACCCAAUGGCUACGGUAUUGUGGAUAUCAAGAACGGGAAGCUCACUCCAAAUGAUGACUUUAAGUCCCUCAAGGCGGCAUACGCAAAUGUGACGAACCCCAACGGCAAUGGCGGUGCCAGAACUUCGGAUGGCGAGGCGUCAGAGUGCCCAGAGGAGAGCGAGGACUGGCCUAUUAGCUCUGCGGCGCUGCUUGCGAUGCCAGAGGGUGCGCAGAAAUACAUGGAUGAAGGUGCGGGUACGGGGCCGGGGCUGGAUGGUGAUGAUUCGAGUCAUUGGGCAGGAGAGGCGAGCGAGGGGACUGCAACGGCAGGGUCCGGGCAGCCUACGAGGACGCCGAAUGGAAGUGCGGCACCUAGCAGUGGAGGUGCCGAGGGUGCCGGUGUGCCUGCUAUGGAGAUUCCACUGAAGUUCGUCAUGUUGGUUGUAGCGAGCAUCUCAUUUGGCGCCAUGUUGGUGUUGUAA